AUGUACGUCGGUCGGGCGAGCGCGGUGGCGGCGGCGGCGGAGGCCCGGCCGGCGACGCCGCCGCGGAAGAUGCUGGCGGGCGGCGGCGGCGGGGGAGCGCUCCCGGGCGCGGCCUGCUCCUCCGCCCCGGCUGGGGGCCCUGCGGGCGGCGAAGGUGGCGGCGGCGGCAGCGGAGGCCGCGCGGAGUUGCUGGUCUUCGGCUACGCCUGCAAGCUGUUCCGCGACGACGAGAAGGCGCUGCAGCAGGAGCAAGGCCGCCACCUCAUCCCGUGGAUGGGAGAGGCCUCCAUCAUGAUCGAUAGGUAUGAUGGGCGUGGUCACCUGCAUGACCUUUCUGAAUAUGAUGCUGAGUAUUCCACAUGGAACAGAGAUUACCAGUUGUCUGAAGAGGAGGCUAGAAUAGAAGCCCUCUGUGAUGAAGAGAGGUAUUUAGCCUUGCAUACGGACUUGCUUGAGGAGGAGGCAAGGCAAGAGGAAGAAUACAAGAGGUUGAGCGAAGCUUUAGCAGAAGAUGGUACCUAUAACGCAGUGGGAUUCACUUACAGUAGUGAUUAUUAUGAUCCUUCUGAACCCACUGAGGAGGAGGAACAGCCAUCAAAAGCUAAACUUGCUGCAACCAGCGUCGAAACUGUAGAAGAAAAUGAAGAACCUUUUAUUGCUCCUUCGGGAUUGAAUGUACCCUCUGAUGUGGAACUGCCACCAACAGCCAAAAUGCACGCCAUUAUAGAACGGACCGCCAGUUUCGUCUGCAAGCAGGGAGUCCAGUUUGAAAUAAUGCUGAAAGCAAAGCAGGCUCGGAACUCACAGUUCGAUUUUCUGCGGUUUGAUCACUACCUCAACCCUUACUACAAAUUUAUUCAGAAAGCGAUGAAGGAGGGACGAUAUGCGCCCCCCUCGGAAAAGAAAAAGGAAGAGGAGGACAGAGCACGAGAUGCUGCCAAUCAAGACGACGACGACGAUGACGACGACGACGGAGAUAACUACCUGCAUCCGAGCCUCUUUGCAUCUAAAAAGCACAACCGACUCGAGGAGCUUAUGAAGCCUUUAAAGGUGGUAGAUCCUGAUCAUCCACUGGCUGCGCUCGUUCGUAAGGCUCAGGCUGAUAAUAACUUGGCUGCUGCGCAGUCAGCGGAAGGAACAGCUGUUCAGCCCUCGCAAAUAGAGUAUCCUUCAGAUCCCACCGUGGCGGCCAUGUAUUACAGUUACUACAUGCUGCCCGACGGGUCAUACUGCCUCGCCCCCCCGCCCCCCGGAAUCGAUGUUGCUACUUACUACAGCGGUCUGCCGGCAGGGGUGACCGUCUCAAGCACUACAGGGAUCGCCACCAUAACCGCGCCUCCACCUCCUGGCACUACCCCUCCACCGCCUUCAGAGGCGACUGACGACAGUAGCGGAGCCACGCCUGCAACAACUCCGGCAAGCGCCCUCCCUCCUGUGGUUGCCAUCAUCCCCCCACCCCCGGACAUUCAGCCUGUGAUUGACAAGCUGGCUGAAUACGUCGCAAGGAAUGGGAUUAAAUUUGAGACCAGUGUCCGUGCCAAGAACGAUCCAAGGUUUGAAUUCCUGCAGCCAUGGCACCAGUACAAUGCUUACUAUGAAUUUAAGAAAAGGUUCUUCCUCCAGAAAGAGGCCAGCGACAGCUCAAAGCAGGUGAUACCUUUGUCAGAGGAUGCCCCUGCCGAUCCUGCCAGCAUUGCACUGGUUGAAGCUCCGUUUCCUGCCGACUCCGGACCUGAAGAUGCAGAAUCCGCUGGUCAAGGAAAUAAUAUAACUGACCCAGCUGCCAAUGAUGGCAAACUGAUGAAAGCAUCAUUUGCACCGAUCAGCUUUGCAAUCAGAGCCAAAGAAAACGACAUGCUUCCCCUGGAGAAAAAUCGGGUGAAACUUGACGACGACAGCGACGAGGAGGGGGAAGAAGGGAAGGAAGGCCAAGAAAACACACACAGCACGUCCAGCAGCAGUGCGGCGUUUGCCACAUCCAGUAACGCCACUGAAGAGAAGAAGCCUCAGCUGACGCAGGAGGAGCUAGAAGCCAAGCAAGCAAAACAGAAGCUGGAGGACAGGCUGGCGGCUGCCGCCAGGGAAAAGCUCGCCCAAGCCUCCAAGGAAUCGAAAGAGAAGCAGCUCCAGGCUGAACGGAAAAGGAAAGCCGCCCUGUUCUUGCAGAACCUGAAGAAUCCCCUGGCUGAAGCGGAGGUGGAGAAAAUGGAGGAGAAUGCCUUUACUCUGGAGGCCGUCAAUAGCAUGCCGUGUGCUCUGUUGAGCAGCGUCAGGACGUUACCAGCCUUGGAAAUGAAAGUGUCAGAAAGACCUUCAAGCAAAAGCAGAGAUCUUCCCAGAGAGGAGGAGAAGGAAAAGAAGAGAAAGAAGCACAAGAAAAGAUCCAGGUCAAGAUCCCGGUCGCCCCCUUCCAAGUAUCAUUCGUCCUCGAAGUCCAGGUCUAGAUCACAUUCGAAAGUCAAGCACUCACUUCCCACCGCGUACAGAACUGUCCGGCAUUCCAGACUCCCAGAAUCCACAGGGACAUUGAGCAUGGAGCCAUGGCUGAGCAGCCCAUCCGUGGGAGCCGCCGCCGAGCGCAGGAGUUCUCCGGCAGCCUCGACAGCGCAAAGAUAUGACUGCCGGAGCUCAUUUGAGGGAGAUCCCGGUAAAACCUCAAGAUCUCGCUCCAGAUCGCCCCGGAGAAGGGCCCACACACCUGAGCGGCACAGAGAAGAAAGGGGUGUCCCGACAGCUUACCGGGUUAGCAACAGUCCAGGAAUGAGCAGGAGACGCUCCAGAAGCCCUCAUGAAAAGAAGAAAAGGAGAUCUCACUCCCACACCAAGUCCAAAGCAAGAUCUCAUUCUCCCUCCAUCUCGCCAGGCAAGCAGUCUGCACUUAAGAAUGCCACCCAUUCAGCCAGCGUCUCUCCUGUGGAGAGUAGAGGAUCCAGCCAAGAACGGUCCAGGGGAGUUUCUUUGGAGAAAGACGGCCAGAUCUCUUCAGCCAUUGUGUCAUCAGUGCAGAGUAAAAUAACUCAGGAUCUCAUGGCCAAAGUGAGGGCUAUGCUUGCAGCAUCCAAAAACAUCCCGACCAGUGCCUCCUGAGACCAGCGUUCUGGAAGAC